AUGUCCGACAAGAACACCUCCACCCUCCAGUCCUACGUCGACUCGGCCACCGGCGCCGUGCAGUCUGCCAUCGGUGCUGUCACCGGCAACACGGCCGACAAGCAACAGGCCGAAGACAAGAAGGCCGAGGCGCAAGCCAAGGAUGACCUCUCCCACGCCACCGCCAAGGCCGGCCCCUUCACCGUCAGCUCCUCGGGCGUUGCAAAGGAUGACCCCAACCGCACCGAGGGCUCGUGGAACCAGACAGUCGGCUCCGGCAAGGAAAUGGUCGGCAACCUGAUCGGCAGCGAAUCGCUGAAGCAGGAAGGCGUGCGCCAGAACCAGGAGGGCAAGGGCCAGGAGGCCCAGGGCCAGCUGAGCGACCUGGGUAGCGGCAUCUCUGACAGGGUCGGCGGCGCUGUCGGCGGCGCCGUUGCUGGCAUCACUGGCAACGAGAAGGCAAAGAGCGACUAUGAGAAGCAGCAUGACCAGGGCAAGACGGCCCAGAGGGGUGUUGAGGCCGACCUGCAGAAGCAGGCUGAUGCUCAGAAGUAG